GCUAUGAGUGUGUUUUCCCCAGAGCUCUUCAGCUGUUCCUGCCGGCACAGUGAGUCACCUCUUGCAGUGGAUCUGUACACCUGUUAAUCAGAGAGCCAGAAAAGGGAGCUGUGACUGAAAUGCUCAGAAUUGUCCUCUGCCUGCACAUCCUUGCUUGUCUCAAGAUUACAGUUGCUUUUGGGUCAUCACCAGGGAAGGUCUUGGAGAGAGAAUCUGUUCAGUGCCAUUCUGACGCAGAUGUCCCUGAAGUCUGUGGUCCGGCAUGUCCAACCCGAUGGCUUAGCUAUGAAGGAAAAUGCUACUUUUUCUCAGAGGAAGAAAGAGACUGGGCUUCCAGCCAAAGCUUUUGUGCUUCCCAUGGCUCCUCCUUAGCUGUGAUUGAGACGGAGGUCGAAAAGGCGUUCAUUCUCCGUUUUGGGUGCUCUCCUGAUCACUGGAUUGGCCUCCGGAAGGAACCUGACCAAACUUGGAAAUGGAUAGAUGGGACAGAAUUAAACAAUAUGUUGGAAGUGAAAGGAGAAGACGGAGACUGUGCAUUUCUGAAUUCUGACUCUGCAGUUUCCUCACAUUGCCAUAGUACACGAAGGUGGAGCUGCAGCCAUCCUUAUAUUCAUGCAAGGAAAAAAAGCUGUUGGGUAACAAAAUGAUAAGGCUUGGUGGAACGACAAGGUGUCAGGAUGCCGUUGCUGGGAAGGGGGAUUUGCGGGGGAGUGCUUUAGCUUCUUGCAGGUGCUGCUUAUCUGCUUCCCUGGCCUUGGAGCUCUGUGGAUGGGACUAGCCUUCAGGCUGGGCUCUUUCUAACUAUCUUGGUUAACAUGUGGGGGUGGGGAUCUGCUGCAACAUAUUAUCAACAGUUUCA